UACCAAUUGCUGGAUAUUUUUUUGGCAAACAUUUUUCUUAGUGGAAUUAACUAAGUGAUUAUCUCGAUUCUCUAUCUGGUUUAGCUUCUUUUAACACCAGCAUUAAAGUAGUCUGUCAAAAACCCUUUUAUAUUUCCGAAGAUUUUGUGUUUUAGGCCAGACUAGGCUUUCUGGAAACAUAUCAGUUGGCUACCAUGAUCUGUAUAGAAAGUUCCACUGCCCAGGCUAGGUUGGGCAGGUGGGGAGAUAGAAGCAAUAUGUUUCUUCAAAAAGUCACCAAAGAAACUCUGCUUUUGGACAGGUUUAAGCCUUAUCUGGAUUUUCUGGCCAGUGGAAGAUCAUGACCUUCUCUGUUUCUCCAUUGCCUGCAGCCAGGGUUUGGGGGCGUCAGGUGUUGGAGCUGGGUGGGGUUGCUGCAGAAGGAAUACCCCCUGUAAGCAAAGACUGUGUGUUGUUCACUGCUUUGUCUCCUGUGCCUACUACAUUGUAGCUUGGCACAUUAUAAGCACUCUGUAACUCUUACCUGAAGGAAUGGAAAUCUAGUCAUAGAAUCCCUCAGUUCUUGGGGGAGUAACUGAGGCCAAGAGAGGGGCAGCAGCUUGCCCAUAGUUUCCUGGGGAGUGUAAGGCAGUGCUGUGGCCAGACUCCAGGUCUCCUGGUUCUGGUAUAACCCUCCUGUCCUCCAUACUCAUGCUGCCUUCCAAAGAGACCAGCCUGACCUUUCUCCUUUCUAACCCAAUUGCUCUUUCUCUGCAUUUCCUCAUAGUCAUUGCCAGCCUGCUUUGAACACUGUACUUGUUUUCUAUUUGCUUUGUAGCAGCACAAACGUAGUAGUUAAGUGACAUACAUUUAUUAUGUCAUAGUUUUUUGGGAAGAAUUUGGGUACAACUUAACUGGGUGUCACAGCUGUGAUCAAAAUGUUGGCUGGGCUUUAUUCCUUUCUGAAGUUUAUCCAAGCUUACGUGGUAGGUGGCAGAAUUCAGUUUCUGUGGUUGUAGGACUAAGGUCACCUUUUUCUUGCUGGCUGUCAGCUGGGGGCUACUCUCAGUAGCUAGAGGCCUCAUGCAGUUUCUUGCUGUGAGCCUUUUUAUGACAGCUGGAUUUCUCAAGCCCAGCACGAAGAUGUCUCUCUUCAUUUAUGGCCCAGUUAGUCUUUCAAAACUUUGAACUGAUUAAGUCAGGCCCAUCCAGAAUACCUUGGUUUUAACUAACGCAAAAUUGACUGAUUUGGGACCUUAAUUACACCUGUAAAAGCUGCUCACCUUUGCCUAAUCACAGAAGUGACAUCUCAUCUUAUUCACAGUGCUACUCACACUCAGGAAUUAUUCAGGGUAUAUAUAGCAGGGGAUGGGAAUCUUGGGGGCCACCUUAGAAUUCAGCCUACCACAAACAUGUUUAUAUUGGCCUGGUCCCAGGGAAGUUGUGAUCCGAAGGACAAUAAAUGAAGCCCUUUUCUUAACAUUUCUUGAUAACUGUGCUCAUCUUUUUUUCAUUUCUUUGAGCUCAUCUCCUUUCCCUAAGAGCUUGAUGUGAGAUAUAAGCUGAGGCAAGUGUACAUGGAUAAUUGGUCAUAAAUGGCAAAUGGCUUCAAAGACCAUGGUUAACAGUAAUGGCUCCCCUACAUGACCUAUAUUUUUUAUUGUUUGGCACUUAAAUAUAAUAUGUUUUGCCUCUCUGAAGUUUUCUUCCCUCAGGAUUCUCCUACUUCUACCUUUGAUAAUGAAAUAUAUUUUUAAUUUCUGAGGUGAUUCAACUUUCAUGCUAACAUAUUCAAUGUUCUUCCUAUGAAAAUAACAUUUAUUUUUUUUAAUAGCAUAUUUGCUCAUAUCUGGCUCUGUAUAGAACCUGAAUAUGUUUUGAUUUAGUCUUUCUUGUUGAGAGGUCUUGUUAUAUUAUGUACUGGUGUCUAGACCUUAUCCCAUGACUUUUGAAAUGGAGAGUCUGUGUCUAUGGUACUGUUUCCAAUCUCUGAGUCUAGACUCAGGGUUCAACCAUGUAGAUGCAAAUACAGAGGGGAUCGUAACUUCUAUCCUCUUUGUUCCUGCUCAUAGCUGUUCAGUCUUGCUUGAAGACAGGUUAUAGAAGAACAAGGCCAAAACCAGAUUUUGUGGUGUGAAAAUUUACCUUAAUGUGGUAAAUUUUCAGCCAGGAGUGGUGACAGACCUCAGCCAGGAGCAGUGACAGACUCUCAUCUCCAGCCAUGCUGACUGCUGGCCUAGGACUGCUGAUGCUGGUGGCAGCUGAAUUUCUUAUUUAUCUGCUUGGAGAUGGAGUCCUUGUUGUGUGGAGUUUUGGAGAAUGAGUCCGAAGAUCCAAGACGACCUCAUACAACUUAAUUGUCCUGGGCCUGGCUGGCUGCAGGUUUCUCCUGCAGUGGCUCAUCAUGUUGGACUUAAGCCUGUUUUCACUUUUCUGGAGCAGCCAUUGGCUUCACUAUCUCAAUGUCUUCUGGGUCCUGGUAAGCCAGGCCAGCCUGUGGUUUGCCACUUUCCUCAGUGUCUUCUAUUGCAAGAAGAUCACAACCUUUGAACACUCCGUCUACUUGUGGCUGAAGCAGAGGGCCUAUAGCCUGAGUCUCUGGUGUUUUCUGAUGUACUUGAUGAUCAGUUUGUUACUUAUAGUCCAAAUUGGCUUAAAGCCCUACAAUUUUCCCCAAGGAAACAGCAGCAAUCUGUACCCCUUUUCAAGCUGGCACUGUUUUUAUAUAUUUCAGUUUGGUGCAGGAAAUUGGUUGCCUUUCAUGGUGUUUCUUGUUUCCUCUGGGAUGCUGAUUGUCUAUUUGUAUAGACACCACAGGAAGAUGAAAGUCCACACAGCUGGGAGGAGAGACGCUCAGGCCAAGGCUCACAUCACUGCCCUGAAGUCCUUAGGCUGCUCCAUUAUACUUCACCUGGUUUAUACCAUGGCUAUGCCCUUCUCUGUCACCUCUAGGUUUCCUCCUGCUAAUCUCUCCAGUGUCUUCAUCUCUGAGAUAUUUAUGGCUGCCUAUCCAUCUCUUCAUUCUCUCAUAUUGAUCAUGAAGAUUCGGGUGAAGCAGACUUGUCAGAGACUCCUGUGGAAGACAAUGUGUAGUUGGAGAUCUUGGUGUCCAUGA